CUACUGUUACUGAUAAACGUCAAGCAAAUUUUAUAAAUACAAAUGAUGAAAUGAGUAAUUUAUUGUAAUAGCUUACAAAUUAAAGAUAUUUGCUUCAAAAAUUUAUUCAAAUUUAGAUUUAUCGUUUUUCUGGUAUAUUUCUUUAACAUAAAGGGACAUAGAAUCAAAAUAUUAAGCGUAAUUAAGUUUAUGUGUUGUGAACUUGUGAAUUAGUCAGUGCAAUAAUCAGAAAAUAUCAAAAUGUCUUUAAACAUUCCGGAUUGCCCAGCCAGCCUGAAGAGCAUUCAGUAUUACUUAAAAACUGCAUCGGAACAUGAUGCUAGAGAUCCAGUCAUCGCAUAUUGGUGUCGUUUGCAUGCAUUACAAGUUGGGCUUAAACUUACAACGAAGAAAACGCCAGAGGAAACAAAAGUGCUCAUGGCUAUAAUGGAUUGGUUAGAAGAAGCUAAAAAGACAAAUAAGGACAAUGAAGCUGUAUCUAAUGAAGUAGUGGCUCAAGCUCAUUUGGAGAACUAUGCACUUAAAUUGUUUUUGUUUGCUGAUAAACAAGACAGGGAACAGAAUUAUGGAAAGAAUGUAGUGAAAUCAUUCUUUUUGGCUGGUAUGAUAUAUGAUGUCCUUACAACCUUUGGUGAGUUAACUGAAGAGGCUGCCCAGAAUAGAAAAUAUGCUAAAUGGAGAGCUGCACAUAUUCACAGCUCAUUAAAGAACGGAGAAAUGCCUGAGCCACCAACUCCAUUACCGGAUGAGGGAGAACAGAACGACACCGGAUCGUUAGCUGAAGGCGGGGAAGGAUCAGCGCCAGCCCCCGCUCCCACCCCGGCUCCGACCAGCUUUCCGCAAGAAUUCGGUUUUAGUGAGAAUCCCUCUCAGCCCACAAUUCCAACCAGCUUCAGCAACUCCCUGCCCGAUCCGAACGCUGCGUUACGCGCGGCGUCACAACUUCCGCCAGUGCCGUACACUCCGGACCCUAACCCUGGAGGUUUCAUACCUUACGACCCAUCACAACAACCCCAGCCGACGCCCCCAAGUACCCUGUAUGGUGAUAACUCAAUCCUCGUCGCUCAACUCAGCCCAGAGCAGAUAGCUAAAGCUCAGAAGUAUUGCAAAUGGGCCAGCAGCGCCCUCAACUAUGAAGAUAUUAAAACUGCAAUUACCAAUUUGAGAAACGCACUGGAACUUCUACAGACUGGGCGUGAUCCGGCUUAAAAUAAUACGCUAUAUUCUUUAAAAAUUCAUGUCAUCUGCGUUUUUCUAAUAACAUUCACGCUACAAAUGUUGCUAUAUAAAUUGAUAAAGAGGUAAAUAAUAUUUUAUUACAGGUGCUACUAAAAGAACGAAAACAAAUGAUAAUAGGCAAAAUAAUUUCACAGAAUUCAGAUACACUGAAAGAUAAUAUGCAUAAUAUAUUUGAUUUAAGCAUUAAAUUCCUAUUAUUUUUUUAAUUCAAUUACCUAUAAACUUUUCGUAGUUAUUGAAUUUUAGAUUUGGAACACUAUUAAGAACAUACGAUUCGUUUUGCACUUCAUUAAUAAUUCAUACUCUAUUUAUAAAUUUGUAUCAUGAUGUAAAUGAUAUAAUAUACUUAUAUUCUGUU